AUGAUAGUGAAUUCUAUGGAGAAUUUAACAUCUGCAGACAGAUUCAUCCUUCUUGGCCUCACCAGUACCCCAUACCUACAGGAAUUAUGUGUUCUUUUGAUUUUAAUAAUGUAUAUAGUCACAAUAGCUGGAAACUUGUUACUUAUCAUUGUGGUGGGGACCAGUGUUCAGCUGCAGACGCCCAUGUACUUUUUCCUGUGCAACCUCUCUGUCAUUGACAUCUGCUUCUCCUCCACCAUUGUGCCGAAACUCUUAAUCAAUACUUUAGCUCAUGACAAAAGUAUUUCUCUGUUUGGAUGUGCUUCACAAAUGUUCUUCCAUUUAGCUCUAGGAUGCACUGAGUGUAUGAUUCUGGCUGCCAUGGCCUAUGAUAGGUACGCAGCCAUCUGUAAACCUUUACACUACUACCAAGUUAUGAAUAAGAGAGUUUGCAUCUGCUUAGCUUCUGGAUCAUGGGCCGUCUCCUUGAUCAACUCUGCCAUUCAUGUGGUCUUUACCUUCCAGCUGCCUUUCUGCAGGUCCAACCAUCUCAACCAUUUUUUCUGUGAGAUACCUCCUUUUUUAUAUAUCUCUUGCAGAGACACUUGGUUUAAUGAGGUGGCCACGUACAUCUCUGCUAGUAUAAUUGGUAUAGGCUCAUUGUCUUUGACUCUCAUUUCCUAUGUUUAUAUAGUUUUAACCAUUCUUAAUAUGUGUUCCGCUGAAGGAAAAAUGAAGGCUUUCUCCACAUGUGCAUCCCAUCUCACAGUGGUCUUGCUGUACUUUUUUACCAUCUUCUUUAUGUAUUUGCAUCCUCACUCGGACUAUUAUCCAGAAACAUCCAAGAUGGUGUCUCUUAUUUAUACAGUUGUCACUCCAAUGCUAAAUCCUAUCAUCUAUAGCAUAAGGAACGUGGAGGUUAAAAGCAGCAUUAAAAACAAACUGACCAUUGAAACAUUUAAAAAAUUCUAA